AUGACUGCGUGUAAACGACGCAAAUUAUCCCCCGGGGCCUUCUCUGGUAGGGAAGAGUACUUUAACAACCCCCGAUUCUCAGAUCUCACCAUCUUGUCUGGGGACCAAAAAUUCUACGUCCACAAGGUGCUCGUCUGCGCGUACUCAGAAUACUUUUCUCUACUCUUCGAUGGAGACUGGAAUGAAACACGCAAAAACGUGGUCAAGCUCUACGAAGACGAUCCCCAAGCUGUCAAAGCUAUGCUUCAGUUCAUGUACGGAAUCGGUUAUAUGAGAGGUGAUGACCUCCUAGCCGCCAGCGUGUACGUAGUCAGUGACAAAUACUUGGUCCCGAAAGUGAAGGAGCAUGCGUUGGAGAAGUUCUACUUGGGGAUGAAGUAUCCCGUAGGUCUAAACUCCCUUCCAUCGGUGAUUACGAGGGUCUACGCGAUGACAACGAAAAUACAUCAAGAACUGCGAGAUAUCGUGGUCAGUGUGGCCCUAGAUCGGAUCUACACCCUGUGGAAGAAUAAAGAGUUUGUGGCCGUGAAUGACACAAUAUCGCUGCAAGAAAUGCACGAAUGUCUGGCAUGGGGAUUGCUCUCAAACCUUCCGGUUCUGUCCUCUCUGUGGACAUAA